GUAGCUGCGGCCAUAAUUUCUCUGUUAGCCUUGGCUGGUGCAAUUCUAGAUCACUAACAUGGAUUGAAAGGACUAUGACUGUUAUUUUUCACAUGGCAGGGCUGUGGAAAAGUAAUUUAUCUGACGGUUACAUGAUUGGAAUAAACCCGUGUCGUCGGCUUCAUUGGAACAGGUCAGACUGGACAGGAAGAAGAAACAACCCGUUAGCUAACUUAGCACGUUUGUCAGUUUCAAUGAAAUUCUGAGCUAAUUUGGCGAAGUUGCGUUAGUUUAGUUCAAGGACGGAAGAAAUUUAAAGUAGUCUGAGGGAAAAUGAGCUAACUGUCAAAAGUAGUUGUUAUUGGGUUUUUAUUUCCUUUGCUCUAUAUUUCGCUCUAACCAACAUUUACUUCCUAGAACUGAUCUUAAGAUCAAAAUGAUAUAUUUAACGUCAGUCAAACAGGAAGCUGACAAUCAAACCAUAUGCGGUAAUACUGGUAACAAACCAGCCGCUCUUAUAAUAUAUUGAAGACAUGUCAUAGGGGCCCCUUUACACAGUAACGUUAUCCUAACAAUAAUGAUUUAUUCCCAUAUUUUCGAGGUGCUCAUUAAAACUCAGUCUACCCAUGAGAUCAUGUUGCGUUUACUACGCCUGAAAAGAAACAAGAGAGAAGGUGAGCAGUGACCAUGGAUGCUGUAUUUCACUCCCUCCUCACCACCCCUGGCAAACUGCCUUGGUUGCUUCUGACUCUGUUUACAUCUUGGACAGCCUUGUGUUCAGCAGAUGUAAAGCAGACAAGAUGGCCAUUAUAUUCCCAGAAGCCAGUUCUUCUUGCCUGGAAUGCCCCAACACAGGAGUGUACUCCACGACAUCGUGUUACUUUAUCUCUGGAUCAGUUUGACAUUGUGGCAUCCCCCAACAAGGGCUUUGUCCGGCAGAAUCUCACAAUAUUCUAUGAGGAGCGCCUCGGACUGUAUCCUUAUUAUGAGCAUGGUGGAACUGCAGUGAAUGGAGGUCUUCCACAGCUUGCCAGUCUCACUCAGCACUAUAAAAAGAUGCCUGAAGGAGUGCAGAAAUAUAUACGUGAGCCAGAGGCAAAAGGUUUGGCUGUUAUUGACUGGGAGGAGUGGCGCCCACUGUGGAUCCGAAAUUGGGAUAUUAAAGAUAUCUAUCGAAAAAAAUCCCGUGAAAUGGUGAGCAAAAAGAAUCCCAAUUGGACCCCAGAACAAGUGGGAAGAGUUGCACAGCAGGAAUUUGAGCUAUCAGCUCGCAAAUUUAUGCUGGAAACUUUAAAACUUGCCAAGAGUCUGAGGCCCAAUCAACUUUGGGGCUUCUACUUGUUUCCAGAUUGUUACAACCAUGAUUACAGGAAUGGCCUGAAGAAUUACACAGGCCGCUGCCCUAUGUUGGAGAUGGCCCGCAAUGAUCAACUAAACUGGUUGUGGAUGGAAUCUACAGCCCUCUUCCCGUCUAUAUACAUGGGUUCUUUACUACAGUCCACAAAUUAUGGGCGUCUCUUUGUCCGAAACAGGGUGAAGGAGGCGAUGCGCCUGGCAUCUGUUGGCGAUGGAUUAGCACGUCCUGUUUUUGUUUAUACCCGACCUACUUACAUCAAUCAGAUGACCCUCCUAACUGAGACAGAUCUGGUCUCCACCAUUGGGGAGAGUGUUGCACUUGGAGCUGCAGGUGUAAUCUUGUGGGGGGACACCUCCUAUGCAAACAGCAGUAAAAGCUGCUCCGCCCUAAAUGAGUAUCUUCAGGGACCACUGGGCCGGUACCUGCUCAAUGUGUCUACGGCAGCAGAGCUGUGCAGUCAGGUGGUAUGCAAAUCCCACGGCCGCUGUCUUCGCAGAGCACCAGACAGUGAUGUGUACCUUCACCUCAGCCCCUUAACACACAGCAUCACCAGUCACGGUGGCCACCUGAAGGUUACAGGAGCACCUGGCCAAGGCGAGCUGGCUCUUUUCCAUGCAAACUUCCAGUGCCAGUGCUACCAUGGGUACAAGGGUGAGGCUUGUGCUCAGAAAGAAAAAGGGCAGAAUAGAGCCUCCUCUGUCUUAGGGACCUGGCCUCUUUGCCUUUUACUCCCACUAGGACUCCUCACUCUGCUGCACUGAGGAAACUGAGUAACCCAACCUAUUCACUGCUUCUACCAGCCUCGAAAAGGACAGUUCAAACUUUUCGACUCAAAGGUGGUAGGUUACUGCAUACUAGUGAUAGUGAUGCAUUCACAGCAGCAGUGAGUCAGUCCUGUCAUCAGACAUCUCCCAGUAUGACAGGACAUUUUUUAUCCCAGCACACAGUCAUCUAAAAGGAAUAUUUUUGUCUGAGAAGCUGCAAUGGGAUAUCUCCAACCUCAGGACCGCCUCCUUGAACUAAUGUCCAUCCAUCAAUACUGCAACUGAUUAUUAACUUAUAACAAAUGAUUUCCAAAAUCAUUUGAACUAUCUCUUAGAGGCCUUUGCCAUGCUCCAUGCUGGCCCUGACCUCCACAUUGGACUAUCCCCUCAGAGAAAUGCCUUAUGAAAAAAGUACUGCUUAACCUUUUUUUUUUUUUAAUCUGUUUUUUUCAACGAUAGACACAACAAUCGAACAACAUGAUGCUUAAGCGAAGAUGUGGAAGAAAGAUACAUUUUAUGCCUGUCGACAUAAAGUAUUGAGAAGUUGUUGGUGCGUGUUAUGCCCGGCCUGGAAACCUUAGGGAAACCUUAGCAUAGCCCAAAAAUGACUCCCCUCUUUCCCCACGCCCAAGGACAACCAGUGCCACAGCUAACACUAAAUCCAGGAUCACUUGGCAGAACGACACGGCACAGUCUGGUUGGGAGUCAGGAAAAAAGGCGAACUGAAGCCGGCAUCGUCGCGUACCGUUUCAAAGAGGGCGCCAUCAGUCUCAGUCCAAUCGGCAGCUGCUACCUACAACUCAGCAUACCAGGAGAAAACACAGAAACGGUGAUUGGCACCACCCUCAGUCAGGGAGGGAAAGCAGCAUAAACAGAAACACACUCAAAUACAAAUAAUGACUCAGGCUCAUAACAGUGCAUUACAACAAAAUGGUACUUUUAGGUACUUUGCAUUGUCAUCUGUUGAUGAAUCAAGCUGUUAAGUGAUAUGUCAUAUAGCCUUAUGAAUGACACAUAAAUAGUGCAUUUAGCCAGAAGGUGAUAAAUUAUGACAAAUGCAGUCUUAAAUCUCCUAAAUCUCUUUGGUUAUCUUUGGCUUAUAAAAACAACACUGCUGGACCUGCCUGUUUCAGUUUAGAUGUGUGCCUUAACUGGCCUAAAAAGUGCUCUUUUUUGCAGUUGCUUGUGUUUACAGGAUGUGAUUAUUGAAGUUUUUUAAGUAUUGUUCAUCUCAGCCCUCUUCUGGGCAUGGUGCUUUUUGCCGAUAUUAACUCCAUAAUGCCUACCAGUUGUUUUUUUUUUUUUUUUUAUUAAUAUGGAAAAUGUGUAUAAAAAGGAAAGGCUGGACAGAUCAGUAAAGACAAACAUUACUAUUUGAUACAAAUUAUAUUCUCAAAUUUACAUGGAUGUCACUGUGAAUAUAGAUCAUGUUUAAUAUCAUUUCAGCAUCCAGGUAAUGUAACUUUUGCCAAAUUUUUGUUGAUUUUUCUCGAAGAGAGACAUGAGGAUUAUCAGAUACUAGCAGUACAAAUGUACAAAUACAUAAUUAUUGUCCAACUGAUCAUGGCCAACUUAAGCUUGUUCCAGAUAUACUGGUAUUGAUGUUUAUUUUGGCUGAUAAGUAACAAGAAAUGAAUCAUAAAAAGGUCUGGGCUCUAUACACAAUAACUAGUUUUAUUUUUUUUUAGUGUGUAGUUUGACUUGCUUGCAUUGCAGUUUGUGUCAGGUUCCUGCCAGUGACACUGUGUUGAUAGCAACUGCUGUAGGUACAAUAUAUCUUCAGACUUGUAUAGUCUGUAUAUUUGCUACACCAAAUCUAGUUGAUCGAUUUCAUAUUUAUACGGUAGUUUCUGUAUGGCAGUGCUCAGAAACAUAUUUAGUCACGUCAAAUUAGUGAAGAGUGGAAUAGGUUUUGCUGUUUUUCACAAACUCGAAAAUGGAGAAUCACAGAAUUAAUAUUGCAAUUGAACAUUUUAUAUAUGCUGAACUUUUUUAAUUCUGCACUUUAACAAAUUUUCUGUCGAGGUUGAUCUGGCUUUGAUUCAUGUACAUUUGCAUUUACAUGAGUUAGAGCCAGUAAAAUAAUUUCCCCUAUUUUUUUUUAAGGGGGGAAAUUGUUAUUUUGCUUGAAACAGAGGCAUAUAAGUAGUAUACAGUCAGUACAUUACAGUAUAUUAUGUUGUUUUUCCAUUUAAUGUGUCAUUUUAAAAAUGUGUUUACUGUGAAUCCGAACAAAAAUGUGUGCUUGUACGAUUGUUAUACCAUCCUUGGCCUUUAACUCAGUUACAUUGUGGAAAUGAUCUAAUGUUUCAUUUGUCAUUAUCUUUAAACACAAUGUGCUUAGCAAAUGAGGCAGAUUUAACACAGUGAAACUGGUUUCUGUGGUAUAAAGGUGGACGAAAGAUAUCACUCAUGUAUAAUGUUGAUGAAUUUGCCCCACAGUACUAGACCGACAAGUUAAUGCCAAGGAUGUCUCUUUACAUUUCAAUAACAGCCUAUAAAACUACAUGUAAAGGUAAAGGAAGAUGCUUUAAGGAGCCAUGCUGUUGUUUUUCCCUAUUUUAGGCUUUUUACUACAAGUACAGUAGACAUAUACUGCCAACCAUUUUCACUUGGAUAGUGUUUUGAACUUUGAAUUUGCACUAACAAUCUUCUCUGAUACCUACUACAGAUAAUAAUGCAUAGAAAACCUUAAAAGGUAGUCAGGAAUAAUAUAACAUCUGCUGAGUAACUGUAGUAAAACAUGCAAAAACCGAUCAGCCCCAUGUAGGACAUAUUUAAAAAUAUCGUAAGAAUAAAAUGAUAAUAACAUGUAAUUCUUCUACGUGGUUUCUAUUAUUUUGAAAUGAUGGAGCCUUUCAGAAUAACAUUCAUUCUGAAAUAUUUAAGUUUAAGAACAGAAUUGCCUAAAGUUGAUGGAUAAUACUAAUGCUAUGGUUUGGUUACAUUGUGCAUGUGGGUGUUUUUGAAUUUAAAACAGUGUCUUCUUGUUCAUUCCACAACUUUGUUCAGACUGAACAUCACUUUACUUUUGUGCCAUUCCACCUCUCCUUUGUAGUAGCAGCUUUGUUUUAGUGUCAAUGAGGAAAUCACCUUCAUUUAGAAGCCUUGUUCUACCAAAGUGUUUUGAUGUUUUUGUUUUGAAACCGAACUGGAGAAAAAUCAAAGUGUUUUGUAUUUAAAAACAGUUCAUAUUCACCUUUUACAUCAAAGAAUUUCAAUAUUAAAAAAGGA